UUGUGUGCGGUUGUCUAUAAAUAUUUGAACCUCAGUCUUUUUUUGCGGCUUGAGUCGGCUUUUCUAAAAUCACAUGGUUGCAGCAUAUUAAAUAAACAAAGAGUUUAAACCCCAAAUCACAGCUAGAAAAAAAAGACGACCAGCAAUCCAUUCGUACUUAAUAAGAAUUGGAUACAAUCGAACCAAUGACAGAUGCAAGGAAAUCGAGUGGACAGGGUGAUGGAAUCACUCGUACGAGAAAUUUGAUUUUACGAGGAAUGUCAACGAUAUAUCUAAUUGCUUUUGUGUCCUUCUAUUAUCAAAGUACAGGUCUGUUCGGCAACAAUGGAAUAUCUCCAGCCCGAUUACAAAUUGAAUCACCAGCGAAGGAUUUACGUUCCAAUAUAGUUCGUAAACCAACGCUUUUACAUUUGGCUCCAUACUGCGGACUAGAUGUCGAAUAUAUGAUCGACAUGAUUGCUCUACUCGGAUCGAUAAUUUCGUUCGCUGGAUUAAUGACACAGAGGGUAUGCAUUUUACCAACGUUUGCUGUGUUGUGGUGUUUGUAUGGUUCACUAAUACAAAUUGCUCAAUUGUUCGCAAGCGAUUCCGAUUAUUUGUUGGUGGAAGCUGGAUUUAUCAUGAUUAUGCUGGCACCAUUAACUCGAUCGAAUCAAGCAAGUUCUUCGGAUAAAGUCAUCUUAAUAGUGCUUCGAUGGCUACUUAUGCGAUACUUUUUUGCAACCGGAGCAGCAAAGAUUCUGAGUCGCUGUCCACAUUGGUGGAACUUUACAGCUCUUAGCCACUACUUUGAAACGAUGCCCUUACCAACAGUCCUAGCUUGGGUUUCGCAUAAUUUUCUGGCUAACUGGUUGAAAAUAACGACCAUCUUCUCAAAUGUGACAGAACUUGGUGCAGUUUGGUUGUUUUUCUUUCCACAUCGAACAAUCAGAAGAUAUGCCUUCUACUGGCUGGUGUUUUUUCAACUGAACAUAAUAAUGACGGGAAAUUUCGGAUUCUUAAACUUAAUGCUGCUGGUCUUACUGUUAUGCUUGGUUGAUGAUGCGUUCAUAACUCAGCGAAAAUGUGGAUGGACCAUUGUUCAUAUGGUCAAGGUCUUGGUCAUUUCGUAUGUAAUGUUCUUUGGAAUUGGUUGGAUAAUUUCGUCAUCAGUAGAUGCACUUAAGUUCGAAGAGAAAUAUUUGGAAAUCCUCCGUCAAUCGAUUAAACCGGCUCCGUUACUCGCCACAUUUGUUAUCAUUUCAACAUUUCUGAUCAAUUUAGUAUCGCAUCGAACGAUUAUUCAAACGCGAACAUUCUUCCAAAAAAUUUACGGAGCGAACAUACUGUUGUCGUUCAGCAUUAUUGCAAUAUCAAUGGUCCUUGUGUCGAUGGUUCCCCAUGGAAACAUAGAUUCCAGCACAAAUAUAACCAAUUCUGAUCUUGGAACAUUCUAUCAGCAAAUCAAAAAAUUCAACAUCAUUAACGAGUACGGUACAACGUUUCGGAGAAUGCGUACCGAACGCUUUGAAAUCAUAUACGAGCAUUCGGACAAUUUAGAAGGACCAUGGACGGAAUAUGAUUUCUUGUACAAGCCAUCAAAUGUAAAUUCGACACUGCCGUUUGCCGGACCGUACCUUCCUCGCAUCGAUUUUAAAUUAUACGAAUCCGCAACAUCGCAUUACCGUAAAGAAGUGUGGACAAUGUCUCUGGCCUACAGGCUAUUGCAAGGAAACCCACAUGUAUUGGCCUUACUGGGAGAUCAAUCAACUGUUGCAACGACACCGAAUUAUGUGCGGGCUGUUUUAUACAAGUUCCGGUACACGACACACUUUAGAACGCCUCAAAUCUACUGGAUACGGCUGAAAAUGAUCGAAUACUUCCCAGCAUUUUCGCUGGACACUAUAUCACCAUAUCUUCGAUCGAUGAAAAUUUCUCCGAAUUUUAGAGAGACCGAAGUGGAAAGCAAAACGGUGAAAAUGUUGUUGGAUAAUCUACGAAUUCAAAUUCGUUCAGUUGAAGGAAGUGCAUUAAUAUUUGGAAUUUUAUUGGCGGGAUUUGCUAUUAAUGUCAGCAAGAGAAUGUAUCGUUCGCUUAGUUAUGUGGAGUAGGUACGAGGUUUGUUCCAUAACAAGAUAAUUGAUUGAUGAUCAGAAAUACAUUCGCACGUAUAUGGUGAACAUAACAACCACAA